AUGAGCAUGAAUAAAGAGAUUAUUGGAUUACUAUAUGUAUGCGAAUAUUUAUAUGUCGUCGUUUGUGAUUAUUUGAUCGAUCCUCAUGAGUUAUUAAUUCACCAUAACCAUGGCGAAAACGACGUGAAUCACUAUUCAAAUGUAUGGUAUUUCCAUUCCACUGAUGAUCUGAAUGAUAUACACGAAACCAUAGUACAACAGGGAUUUUCGUUUGCAGAACCAGUAGAUGGUAUACCAAAUGUUUACAAAGUGAAAAGAGAAGACCAUCCAGAAAUCCAUCACGAGCCAUUUGAUAACACAACUAACAUUUUAAAACAGAAUAAUAGGGUGAAUUGGGCUAAACAGGGAUUUUCGAAAAAGUUGUAUAAAAGAGUGCCGACGGACGUCCGCAGCAGAUAUGAGAGUUAUUUUAACGACGAACUUUGGAAACUGCAGUGGUACGAGCAAGAUUACCGAAAUAAUUAUACCAACGGAAUGUCACUAAAUAUGAACUUAGUACCAGUAUACGAAGAGUUAAAAUGCACAGGUAAAGGUAUUCGGGUAGCGAUUAUCGAUGAUGGAAUAGAAUAUACUCACGAUGAUCUUAAGGAUAAUUAUGAUGAAGAAAUCAGUAUCAAUCUGAACUGGAAUAAAAAGGAUCCUAUGCCUAGGUACGAAGAUCCUACAAAUUCUCAUGGUACUAGAUGUGCUGGAGAAAUUGCAAUGGCUGCAAAUAAUACAAAGUGUGGUGUAGGUGUUGCUUACAAUGCAAAAGUAGGAGGCAUCGUACUGCUCGACGGUAAAACAAACGACGAAAUGGAAGCCAGAGCCUUAAUUAACGCUAAUUCAUUGGUGGAUAUAUACAGUGGAUCAUGGGGGCCUACGGACGACGGACUAAUGGUCGACGGGCCCGGAGUAAUGGCGCAAAUUGCAUUUGAAAUCGGUGCAACCAAGGGUCGCAACGGCAAAGGUUCAAUAUACGUAUUCGCGUCGGGCAAUGGUCGUAUGCAGUUUGACAAUUGCGCAUCGGACGGCUACGUGGGUAACAUUCACACAGUGGCUAUUAGCAGUGUCACUAUGGAGGGUACAGCUCCCGAGUACGCCGAGAGAUGUGCCGCCGUCAUAGCAACUGCUUAUUCCGGUGGCCUGGAUAAUGGUGUCAAAAUCGUUACGUCGGAUAUCAAUAAUACAUGCACGCUUUCACAUACCGGCACAUCAGCCGCAGCUCCACUAGCAGCAGGAGUUAUAGCUUUAGCUCUCGAAGCCAAUGGCAAUCUGACGUGGAGAGACGUGCAACAUUUAUUGGCGAGGAACUGUGAAGUUGCGCCUCUAGUGAAAAACCCCGGUUGGUCCACAAACGCAGCAGGAUUCGACUUUAAUCCCCAGUUCGGUUUUGGAUUAUUAAACGCCUAUAAGUUAGUGAAAGAAGCUAUUGGCUGGAAAACCGUACCAGAGAAAAGUAUUUGUGUUAAAAAUUUCCGAAUCCCUAAAAAAUAUAAAAAUUUUGGCCGAGCCUCAAAAUUUGUGUCCACGGUAAUAACGAAUGGCUGUAACGGAUACAUCAGAUAUUUAGAGCACGUACAACUAUGUGUGACCAUUCGGUAUCCAAAACGCGGUAUGGUCGAAAUAGAUCUACGAUCACCAAAAAACACCACGUGCAAAAUGAUGGAGCCACGACCCUUAGACGAGUCAAACAGGGGAUUUUUCGAAUGGAAAAUAAAAUCAUUGCAAUUUUGGGGCGAAAACCCGUCUGGGGAGUGGACGGUUAUUGUCAAAGAUGAAACUUCUAAUUUAUUCACCGGGCUAACUGGAUCAGUAGAAAAACUAAGAUUAAUAAUGCAUGGAACUAAAAAAAAUCCUUACAAUUAA